AUGUUUAUUAUUAAUUCAAUUGCGAUUACCAAUGAUCAAAAAUAUGUUAUUGGUGCGACUAUCGCAGGAAUGCUUUAUUUUUGGAAUUUUAAAAACAUUCUAUUAGAAAAUAGUAGUCGAACGCAGGAAAACUUCUUAUAAAUUUCCACUAUUUAAGGAAUCAAUAUAAUAAAUAAUAAUUAUUCAAGAAAGCCUUUAUUGUGCAAUUUCUAAUAAGUUGUAUUAAGUUUAAAUGCAAACUUUAAUCUCUUCAAAUCAAAUUAUAGACACAGAUUUAAGUGCUUCUUUCUUAAUUGUAAUUUUAACAUAUUUAAUCUAAAGUUAUCUUUCUAAAAAGAUAUUGA